GGUCUUAGUCGGUGCGAGCCUGUCCAUCCUUGAAGAAAUUAGUUUUACUUAAAGUACUCUGAUUACAUGUCGAAGGAACCUGUGGCAAUUACAAUUCUAGCGUAGGAACAUCCAAUUAGUGUAGUGAUAAGUGCAAUUGAAUUACAAACAUGAAGUUCCUUUUAAUAACGUGUCUACUGGUUACGAGCUUAUUAUGUGUCACAGCGAAAACUGAAACCGAAGAUACCGAAGAAAAAACAGAAAUUACGAAAUUGGAGUUAGUAGAUCUUGGCGAGGGGAAUAGCGAUUCCGAAACAAAAGAGUCGGAAGUUCAAAAAAAGAGAGAUUCGGGAUAUUCCUAUAGGAGACCGGACAGUUUUGCAUUAGCUUCGAGAGCCCGUUUCCAAGUCGGGCAAUCCGGCCACAGAGGACGUAUCGUUAAUAGACAUCCUGCACAAAUAAAUAGACCUAUUACCAAAUACGGACCACCGGGUUAUCAGAAUUCAUCUCCAAUAAGACCUGCAUCACACAGUCAGCAGCACCGAGAUAAAUUGCAAUUCCAGGGUCAUUUCAGUCAACAACAUUCGAACAACUUUGAUGGUCGUCCUAGUGGUUUACUGGAACAAGAAGUACCGAGUCCAAUUAGACAGGUCGAUUUCGUCGAACCGAAUCCAAUAUCCACUCAAAACGAUGAACCUUUCGCGACUCACUCGGCCAAUUACUUACCGCCGCAGAAUCAAAGGUUACCUGGUUAUUCCGCACCGCAAGCUUUUUCCCCGUUCCAAGCAGCACAGAAUUCUAAAGGUGGUGGUCAAGGUCAGUCGUUAAACGUCCAAAGUCAGAGCAUCGUACAACCGCAAGGACAGAUCUCGGAUGCGACGCUGUUCUUAACGCAAAAUGCUCAAGCGAUACAACAACUUUAUGGUGCGCCCCCGAACGAACAAGACUUUGCACCACACACCGAUCAAUUCUUAGGUCACAACAAUCAAGUUCAGAAUCCGAAUGGUCAGUUUCAAAAUUUCGAGAGCAAUUCGCAAAGUCCGCAAAAUUUCCCAGGACCUCUGCCGUCAUAUGCGUCUGGAACUCUUAGCGCCCAAGAAACUCUUGAGCAAAUACAAUCUCUCGAAAAGGACAGAUUGAUCGCUCAAUUACAGCGAGCGCUCGUAACUCAGACUCAGGCCCAAAAUGCAGAUGCAGCAGGAAGGUACGCUCAAAAUCAGCCGAGCUUCGUUCAGAAUCAAGAUCUUCUGGCUUCCCUUGGACAGCGAAUGAAGAUUCACGGUUUAAAUACACAACAGAAUACCGUAAACUUGGGCUCUGGAAAUACAGCUUUCAAUCAAUCACCUUUUUUGCCAGGGACAGCAAUCAGUCCGGGGUUUCCGCUUAGCUACGGACUGUCGACAACUAUUCAGCCUCCAACUACCACUACAACGACAACGACCACAACCGUGCAGCCUCCUCAGGCUGCUAAAGGCGAUGGAACCUCGCAAGUCGGUUCUUCCGUACCUGCGCCACCCCUAUCGCCAUCCAGUCCAGGAGUUCCCGUUUACGGUGGAUUUGUUCCUACUUUAAUCGCCGGUGCAGCUUUCGCAUCGAACGUACCAACUUACGGUCCUACUUUCUUUGCACCCGGUGCCAUCGCAUCCGUUCAACCAUCAGGAUCUUUUCCUACACAUUUUGGAUUACCCAUUCCUACAGAUCCUAGUCUGAAACCUGGAACCAAACCAUCCACGGUUUCUACAACUCCGUCACCUUCUUCGACGAAUCAACCUAAUGCUCCUUCAUCUCCGCCAGUUAGUACCGCGCCACUUCCUAUACAUCCUGUUGCAACUCCGCUUCAUCCAGUGGUAACGCCUCUUCAUCCAGUAAGUCCUUUGCAACCGGUGCUUCCUCCGACGUCGACGCACGUGCAUCCAGUACAAACUCCGUCAACGACACAUCCGUCUUACGGAUUGCAAACGGCGGUAAUCAAUUCACUUCUAUACAAGCCCAUCAAACCGGUCUAUCCGUUCUACUAUUACCCGAACGUCGCAUAUCAGGUACCUAAGCCGACGUUACCAACUUAUCCGUGGAGCUACGCGCCGACCUAUGCUCAAACGAAACCGACCCAAAUAUGGAAAUGACGUUGAUCUUGUUCUUCGCGGGUUAAUCGUAGCUUGCUUUUUCGUAUCGAGACUGACUGUUUACCCACGCGGAAAAGAGAACCCGAGAAGUUGGAGAAGUAAGGGGCCAUGACAUCGUAUCGAGAUCGCACUAACAUGCUUCAAGAAUAACGAAAUACGAUGCUUUCGUACAUGCGAUGGACGCAGCUGCGCUUCGUGUAUCCGCAAAUUUUAGUUUUACGUUGUACGACAUCGACUUUCUAUCUUUACAAUAAUUAGUUGUAUGAAUGUAGAGUUGGCAAGUUGGAUUUUCUUCGGUUGUCAGAAGUAUUCUAAAUAUUACUAAUUUUUUGCUUUUUUUCUUUUCAACUUAUAAAUCUUUGGUAUUAUUGGUAAAAGGUAUUUCCAAUGUUAUACGUAUAAAGAUAGUCGGGGUUUCACUUUUCACACGAGGUGGGAUAAACGGGCAACUAUUCGUGCUUUUAUACUACUUUAUAUUUAUAUAGGUUAAUGCGAUUUCAUACAUUUUUAUUCGCAGCGUCGACAUGCCAUUAACAUGCCACAUCGAAUUAACAUUUUCGAUAUGUUUGCCUUUUUUUUUUUUUUUUGUUAAUUGCGUACGAUUUUUCGAUCGAAUGAUGUAUAUACCAGUUUUAUUUA